AACGGUGGUCAGGAGAGACACGGACUUGAAGACUUGAAACUGGUUGAAGUGUGAAGAAAAUACCACAGUGAACUUGGCUUUUACAUGAUAUGUAGCUUGUGGAGAUCAAAGAUGCUGACAUGAACUUCAUUGACAAGUCAUGCAGGUCUUGGAUUGAAGAAACGUUCUCCAAGAGAGAAUGUGUGAAGUUUAUCCCUUCCUCUCGGGAUCUGCACAGAUGCAAUCCAGUAUGUCAAGUAUGCCAAAACUUGAUCAGGUGCUGUUGUGGUCGCCUGAUGGUUGAACACUCUUGGCAAGAGUCCCCACCCCCUACAGUCAGCUCUCCUGAUCCUGGACAGGAUGGGACAGAGGACUGGUCCAUGGAGCUACACACCAGAGUCAGUCCCACAGACGCCUAUGGGACCAUAGACUUUCAGGACAGCGCAACACGUGUCUGUCGGGCCAAGUUUGUGCGUGUGGCUGUGGACACAAAGCCAGAGGCACUUCUUCAACUGAUGCUGAAGGAGUGGCAGAUGGAGAGACCCAAGCUCCUAUUUACUGUUCAUGGAGGCUGUGAAAACUUCACCCUUCCUCCCAAACUGAAACAAUCCUUCAGUAAAGGCCUGAUCACAGCAGCACGCAGCACAGAUGCAUGGAUACUUACUGAUGGUAUCAAUACUGGUGUGUCCAAGUAUGUAGGUGAGGCAGUGAAAACAUUUGGUGGCCACAACCUGAGGAAGAGGAGCACAGUUGGGAUCACACCAUGGGGAGUGAUUGACAACAACACAGACCUAAUAGGACGCAAUGUCUUCAGGCCUUACCAGCCACUGGGGAACCCUUUGAGCAAGAGGGCCUGUUUUAAUAGUUUUCACUCCCACUUUCUCCUCGUGGAUGAUGGGACUUUGGGGAAAUCUGGUUGCCAACAAGGCCUCAGGAGGAAGCUGGAGAAACACAUUCAGCUGCUGAAGAUCCACCCUCGAUUGAACCAAAGAGUGCCGAUGGUCUGUGUGGUAGUUGAGGGAGGCCCUGCCAUUGUAUCAACAGUGCUGGACUACGUCAGCCAUAACCCCCCUGUGCCCGUGUUUGUGUUUGAGGGAUCUGGCAGGGCUGCUGACCUGCUUGCCUUCUUACACAAGCAGACAGAUAUUGACAGGCAGUUAGAUGAAGAUAUUAAACAGGACUUCCUUGUAAGGAUUGGAGAGGUGUUUGGAGUAGAUAGAGAGGAAGCCUCUCGCCUCUGCACUCUCCUCCUGGAAUGCAUGGAUCACAGACAAUCUAUAACCAUAUUUGAUUCUGAGUCAGAAGACCACUUGGCCCCAGAUGCGGCCAUUUUGACCACCACGCUCAAGGGCACAAAGGCCAGCUCUGCAGAGCAGCUGAAUGUGGCUCUAGCCUGGGACAGGGCUGACAUUGCGCAGAAAGAUGUUCUAGUGUAUGGACAAAAUUGGCAGGUUGGUUCUUUGGAACAGGCCAUGCUGGAUUCUCUGGUGAUGGACCGUGUCAGUUUUGUCAAACUGCUGAUUGACAACGGCAUGACGAUGAGUCGCUUCCUCACUGUGGAUCGCCUGGAGGAGCUUUAUAACAUGCCUUUGGGUCAGACAGGCCAUUUUCUUCACCACCUUGUUGAGGAUGUGAAGCAGACUUCCCUACCCUUAGGUUACCGGCUGACUCUCAUUGACAUGGGACUGGUUAUAGAGUACCUCAUAGGAGGAGCAUACCGCAGUACCUAUACACGUAAACACUUCAGAGCUACCUACAACCAACUGCAAAACAAAGAUGGCAGACGAGUCAGUACGUCUUCUUUGUCCAAACAAAAAAAGGGAUUGAUACCAAACUUACAGAGGGGCAGAAGUCCUCAGGACCCUCAUUUCUUUAGAACUGCUCAGCCUUACAAAGGCAAGGACCAAAGUAUGCCACAUGGUACCAGUGAAGAGUCUGUGUGGAGCCCUGGUCUUUGUGAAGCACCACUUCUUUGCUUCAACUUUAACGACCUCUUCGUGUGGGCUGUGCUUCAGCAGCGGCAGCAGAUGGCGCUGUUCCUGUGGCAGCAUGGUGAGGAGGCGCUUGCUCGGGCCACGGUGGCCUGCAAGCUUUACCGCUCCAUGGCCUUUGAAGCACGGCAAAGCAGCAUGAAUGACAACAUCGAAGAACAAUUCAAAACAUAUUCACUUGAAUUUGGCCAGCUGGCGGUGAAUGUCUUAGACUGUGCAUUUCGCCAGAAUGAGAAGAUGGCCAUGAAGUUGCUCACUUCAGAGAUGGAGGCAUGGAGCCACUUUACCUGCCUGCAAAUAGCAGUUUCUUCUUGUCAUCGACCCUUUGUGUCGCACUCUUGUACACAGACCCUUCUCACAGAUCUCUGGACCGGUCCACUCAAUAUGACGAAAAACUCCUUUCUUAAGAUCAUUUUGAGCCUUCUUCUGCCUCCUGCUAUCUUGCUUCUGGAAUUCAAAAGCAAAGCUGAAAUGUGCCAUGUCCCCCAGUCUCAUGAAGCAAUUCAAUUUGUACGUGACACUCUAAAGACAGGAGCAACUCAUGAAGAAACCAAUCAUCUGGCUAACCAGGAUGCUGAGCAUGGAGUGCCAUUCCAGAACCGAUGUUGCGAUUCAGUUUCUGAAUGCCUUUCCCCAUUCACCAUGCACUGUCUGUCCUGGAUCACAAGACUCUAUGAAUUCUACACAGCUCCCGUUGUUAAGUUCUGCUUCCAUACAAUGUCGUACCUAGCCUUCCUGAUGUUAUUCUCCUACACCAUCUUAGUGAAGAUGGAUAAUGAACCCAGCGUCCAGGAGUGUUUGGUCAUUUUGUAUAUCCUGUCGACUGCGGUGGAGAAAACCAGAGAGGUGCUAAUGUCAGAACCAAGGCAGAUGAGACAGAAGCUGAAGAUUUGGUUCUCAGAGUACUGGAACCUAUCUGACUUCAUUGCCAUCAUUCUCUUCCUGGCUGGUUUGGUGAUGCGUUGCCAUGCUGAGCCAUACCGGACAGCUGGGCGGAUCACCUAUUGUCUGGAUAUUGUAUUUUGGUUUGUAAGGGUUAUGGAACUGCUGGCUGUCAAUCAACAUGCUGGUCCUUACCUCACAAUGAUCACCAAGAUGACGUCUAACAUGUUCUUUAUUGUGGUCAUGAUGGCGAUAGUGCUGCUGAGCUUUGGGGUGUCCAGGAAGGCCAUUCUAUCACCAGAUGAGGCCCCAUCAUGGAGCUUAGCUCGUGAUGUUGUGUUCCAGCCUUACUGGAUGAUCUUUGGAGAGGUCUACGCUUCUGAGAUAGAUCCAUGUGAUGAUGGUCAUCCAUGUCCUCCUGCUUCUUUUCUCACGGCAUUCCUUCAGGCUGUCUACAUGUUCUUUCAGUACGUCAUCAUGGUCAACAUUCUCAUUGCAUUUUUUAACAACAUCUACUUUGACAUGGCAUCAACGUCUAAUAGGUUGUGGAAGUACAAUCGCUAUCACUACAUAAUGACGUAUCAGGAUAGACCGUGGCUGCCGCCACCCCUAAUUCUCCUCAGUCACGUGACUCUUGGUUUUAGAGCCAUUUACAACCACUUUAAUGGUGAUCCGGAGGGGGAGGAAAAAGGCUCUGGGCUUAAGCUCUACUUAGGCCACGAUGACCGUAAGAAGCUCCAUGAAUUUGAGGAGAAAGUUGUACAGGCCUUCAUCCAUGAGCAAAAUGAAGAUUUCCACAGCAGUCAGAUGAAGAGGAUCAGAGCGACAGCCGACAGAGCAGAAGAGAUGUGCACCAUAGUGGGAGAAGUCUCCGAGAAGGUCAGCAUCAUUCAAGACAGUCUUGUGAACCUGGACUGUCAGCUGGGUCGACUACAGGACCUGUCAGUGCUGGGAGUGGACACAAUAGCCCUGCUUUCUGCUUCUGACAACCUGCAACAAGAGGAGGCUCGCCUGGUUCAGUGCCAACCGAUCGCAGCAUCCCAGCACGUCUUCCCUCACAGCUGGACUCUUCUCCACAGAAGUGGUGCAGACUAUGAUGUGGCUAAUAUGAGACGACUGGGGUCCAAGCCUUAUAAAAGUACUCCGCCUUCAUUGCUCAAAGGCUACACACUUACACGUACAUCACAUGAGUCCCACCUGGGAGUCAGAUGGAGCAGUGGAGGAAGAGAAGGACAGACUGAGGAGAGAAGUGAAGAAAAAAAGGAGGGAUCACCUUUGGCUGAUGCUCACCAUUCCAUUCCGGGCAUUUCUCGAACUUCAUCCCACUCAUCAUGUUUGCACAUUCAUGCAGUUGGAAGCCAUUUCAGCGGUUUGAGUGAUCAGACACCUGAGUCAUAUGGACCAUCCCGCUGUGGGUCUCCUCUUUCUCUCAGGUUUAGUGACAGAGGACUGGAGUCAUUGCAUUAUAAAUUGUGGUGCUGUGACCCACUCCUAAAUCGUGAGGAGAUUGACAUGGAAGAGGAGGAAGAAGAAGAAGAUGGCAAAGGAGGUGAUGAAGAAAAAGGGCAGAUGGAGGAAGACCAUGAACAUCUAUCUGGGCCAAUUGUUGUUUUGCAGAGUUUUCCAAAACCCACCUUCCGUCAGGAGGAUUGCCAGCUCGAUUUCCAGACCAGACCUUCUGUAAAAUCCUCAAGGGGGCCCUAUCUGUCAAGAAACCACCCUUAUGGCUACAGCAGAUCUUUGUCAUCCAGUGUGGAGAAUAUGACAUUCUCUGGGGCAUCCCCGAGUCCGAGGGGAUCAGUUCCUAACCUUAUGGAACCAAUGAACAAGCAUCUUGCAAAAAGAAGUUUCAGCAAUGACACGUCAUUACAGUGGAGCAGAGGAAGAGAGUGGUCCAUGUCGUCUGAUUUCACCCAAGUCUUCAACAGAAGAAGAAGUCCAAACAUGAAGACUGUCAAAAUACAAGAGAGUUUUCCACACAGUGGAACGGUGCCGACACAUUUGUAUGAUGCUUGCUGGAAAAGAUGGAGAAGGUUGAGAGGAGAACCUACAUGUUGGUCAGCUUCAACCAGUCUUAGUCAGCUCAAUUGUGAACCCAUGGAUUUGCAGAAGCACAUUUUUUCUCACCAGGAUGUGUUUAACCCCACUCAUUCAGGAUGGAAUAGCUGGGCUAGAUCAUUGAGCUGCAGGUCUUCGCUACAGAGCUGUGCUGUCGCUGAAGGUAAAGGCUCCUCAUUCCAGUCCACUGAUACAUUGUAUCCACAUUAUUCAGCCAUGGAGAGAAACAAUUUGAUGCGACUGGCUCACACCAUCCCAUUUACUCCAAUUUCCAUUCUUGGUGGUGAAGAGGUCAGCAUCUAUUCUUUGGAGGAAGUUUGUUCAGAGGCCAAUCCUGAGUCCUGCACAUCUUCAUGGUCUUCACUGGGCCUGUCUGCAUUGCUUCAGCCCCUCCCUAGUGAAGAAGGAUCUUUGGAUGGGGGUCUGCGGCAGGGCUGCAGGGUGCUGUGCACAUGGGCUGAACAGGAUGUACUCAUACCUGGUCUGGUGUAUGUGGUCAAAGCCUUCAAACCAGAGGUGGUGUGUGCCUGGCAAAGGUACUUUCGUGGUUGUACAGCACUCCAGCUUUGUUUGAGGGAAAUCCAGCAACAGAGGGCAGCGCACAAGAUGAUGCACGCUUUCAACCAGAUCAAACCUGUUGGCAUUAACCAUUCACCAAGAUUUCUAGAUGUUUCAUUGGUCCUUUGGCAUUCAAAUGGAGAGUGGCUUACUAUAGAAAGGAAUAUGUCUGGUAACUUCAGAAAGUACAACAACAACACGGGGGAGGAAAUCACACCUUCCUCUUCAUUGGAAGAACUACUCUUAGCAUUCUCACACUGGACUUAUGAGUAUUCAUGCAGGGAACUGCUGGUGCUUGAUAUUCAAGGAGUAGGUGAGGAGCUGACUGAUCCAACAGUCAUUAUGGGAGAAAAGCUCAGUGGUAGCAUGGGUGAGAUGCUGUUUGGGCCCGACAACUUAGGAGAUUCUGCCAUCAACGCUUUCGUGCAAAAACACUCAUGCAGUGCCUGCUGCCACAUAUUGGGCCUAUCAGAUUUAAGGAGGCAUCUGGACACAUGCAAGAACAGCUGUGAGGCAGAGACCACAUCAGAAGAAGCAGAAGAAGAGGAUGGCUCAAACCGGCAUGUAACCUUUGAGCCAUGAAGUAGGAAAAAAGGACACUUGCACCAUAGCAGGUCAUGUACAGAGACAAUUCUGAACUCACACUAUGGGAUGAGAAGAUUUUGGUUGCUGUAGUUACUGUCUUUAUUCCACACACAAACAUAAAAAUGGACAUAGGUGAGUCUUAUCAAGAGUUAAAAUUAGUCACUGAGAGUCAGAAAUGUACAUACUGUAUCAUCAAUGCUAUCAUUGGGAAUGGCAUCAUUAGGAAUUGUGUGUGAAAUGUGAAACUUUCGGUAAUACUGUGCAUGUGCGAGACAAAAGAACGAGGCAGAAAUGCACCCAUAAAAUUUAUUGUAUUUUUUUUCUUCCCACAACAAAAUGUCUACAAAAGCGAUAAAAUAUAGAAUUUAACAAAAAUCACUUCAGACCUUCACAUUAUAUGUACACAUAUCAAAGGAGGACUCAGUAAAGGGCCCUGCAUAGCUCUGAACUUUUACCCAUUCUUAUCCAUGACAUGUGGGUGUCUGUGACUCAAUUAAAUGCAAAUUUAUACAUGCACACACACAGGCGCGCACACACAUACUAUCAUUCUGAUGUGAAAAUGAAACCGCACACAGGAGCUCCUGGAUUGAUAGAGUCAGAGCUCAGAGUCCUGCAGAGUCCUCCAUUACCAAAUGAAGAAAGCAUAAAAUGUAAAAACUGUUUACCAGUGUAAUCAAAUGCACAUUUUCCUUGGAGUUUCCCCUUUGAACGAUUGGUUUCUCAAGUAAGCUCGGACAGUAAAGCAUCUACAGCCCAGUCUUCCAAUCAUUCCUCCUCUCACUAGCUAUGGCACUUUGAAAACAACAGAAAAAAAAUGUCCUUUUUUUGUAUAUACUUUUUUUGAGUUUUGUUUCAUUAGUCGUGUGUAAAAGAGGUUCUGUAAGCUCAAUCACCUUAUUUAGGCAUUGGUUACAGUGCUACAUUUUGUUUUAUUUGCUCUUGCUUGAACGCAAAGACAUUCUAAACAAUAAAUUAACAAUUUUCAACACUACUUCAAUUGCACGCGUCUGUAAUGCAUGGAGAAAGCUUACAAAGCAUUGGUCGAGAAAACAUCAUCUCAGUCUCACAGUAUCUCUGUCUCUCUCACACACACUCACUCAGGUUCUUUUCAAAAAAAGUCAGAGGGCUUGUAGGUGGAGUGUGUUUGACAAAGUGUAAAGAAAAUGUAUUUCAAAACAAUGUAUUACAAUGUCUGCGCAGUUUGUCUGAGCCACCGCUUGGAAUGUCACUUUUAUUGUGCGCGUUGCAAUGUGUCUGUCUGUGUUGAUGGAGUGGUAAAGGCGUAUUGCGUUCAGUCUGAACACUGAACCAACUACUCCAUAACAUUCAGAAAAGUUUACCGUUCCCACAUCAUUCCCUCCGUCUGCAGGGUAAGGGUCUCAGAUCCGGUUCAAUAAGGCCAGCAUAGAAAGGGCCGUUCACUGACUGGUGAUGGCAACUCACACAUUCAGAGGUUUAAAGAAAAAAAAAUCAUCCAUUUCAACAGUAUCUUUUUAAAUUGGUUGUAUAUAAAUAAGAACAUUUUAUUUAAAAGUCCUUCAGAUUGUUGGAAAAUGACUUGACUCGAUUGGUGAUCUGGUCCUAAACCCACCCUGCCAAUGAUCCCGCCCAGAACCCCACAAUAUCAUGAGAAGAGAAAACACAAAUAUGCCCCAAAUGUUUCAUUGCAAUGAAACGUCAUGCAAAUAGAACAGAACAACAAUAGGCUAAUAGUAAUAGAAGAAUAGUAGACAUAAUAAGAACAAUAAUAAUAGUAAAUAGUAAUAAAAUAAAAAAUAAUCUUACAAUGCAAACAUGACAGUAGUAAAUGCCUCCAGUUCUUAUUGCUACAGUAUCUUACUUACAGUGUUGCGUUACCACUCGUUCUUGCCAGCACAUCCUCUCUCACAACCCCAUCCCACCCCUGUGAUUCACAGUCUAACAAGGGAAAAGGAGAACAUCACACACAAAAACUUUAUAGUCAGAGUCGGAAUUCACUGUCCAGCGAUGUUGCGACGGUGCUUGAUUCAAAGUUUGCUAAUGAACUUCACACACUAUCCCAAAAGCAGCAAAAUAAGCAGUAAACGUAAGUGUACACAGGUGAUGACAAGCGCACACCGAUGUAGAGCAAACAUAUCUCUAACAAUGCUUAUCAUAUAGUCUGGAUACUAACGACAAUUGGACAGUGAAUUCAUGCUCUGUAAACACAUACACACACUGAUCAAAGCCUUGUCUGGGCAGAUUCCAUUACCAGCCUAUGCUGCGUUUUAUCUCAAAAAGUAAUGCUAUUAUAAUUACAUUUUUGUAAAUUUGCAAAAAUAUGAAACCCUCUUCUAAUGCAAAGUCAGAAAAAGAGCUGCUCCCUGAGAGAUGCUAUGUAGUGCAUCAAGUCUUAAUGAGCAAGUGAUUGUCUUACACAGUCACCGGCCACUCAUCUGGGUUGGAUCCAAACGUUCACUUAAAUCUGAUGUACUGUAAGCGCUGAGCACUAAUUUGACGAGCAACUAGGCAAGGUCAACAUUUGGCCACUGUGUAAGGAACAUUUGUAUUCAAAUACAAGGGAAUGCCAUACAAAUCACUUCUUGUGCACACACAGUAUUCAAUUAAGUGCUGUCCCAAAAAUAGUGCCAAAACGACUAAUACUAGACAUGCAUUUGCAUGUUCUUGUUUUCAUUAAUGUGGUCAUUUUCUGAGUGUCCAGUUUUAAAAGGUGAUAUGCCACCCCAAUAGGAAACCCUGAUAAAAACUAAUGCAUAUGGAGCAUCUAGUGGCAGGAUGUAGCACUGCACAAAGCCAAGCCUUCUGUGUCCUACCUCAAAUAAUUAAAUGGUGAAUUUUGGUAGGUUGAUGUUACACAGUGACCAAAAUGUCAUGAACAUAACAUUAAGGCAGAUCAAUUCAAAACAAGAAACAUUUUGUAAGUGCUUAUAAAUAUGAAACAGCUAACAAAGCAACACAAGUGAUUGUCUAUCACAUUUUUCUGGAUGAAUUGUCACAUACUUUUGUUCAAACCUGGCAACCAGUGCUCUGUGUAUACCAUAACCACAGAUCAUAUAUUGUCUCGUUGUCCAGUCUGUGGUGGAAUUUCCAACCAUUUGUAGAAAUAGGAAUCAAGUAUAGUGCAUUUGUCUUAAAAUUGCUACCCUGUUCAAAACAACAGAAAAUGGAAAAGGAGAUCAUCAUGAUCAGAAAGGCAGUGUAAAAGUUAUUGCUCUCUGGGUUCCUUCAUAACAUAGCCUGGAAUGGUUCAGGACAUCCAGGGACUAGAUUGUGCAAAUGGUAAUGGGAGAAACAAUGCUCGUCUUUUUAGAUUGGAAUGUCACAAGGUCAAUUCUUCUGUCUUGUCUCUCUUUUUUACUCUCUUUUGCUGAAAAUUCUAACCACUCUACAGUCAAUGCCCUUUUACAUCAGGAUUAUAUUGGGAAUGGUAAGAGGAAUUUUCGGUUGAGAUCAGUUUUAUUUUGAAGUGGUAGCUCUUGAUUGGUUCUUCCUGUUUGAUUGUCCAGCUUUUUUGGACCUAGUUAUUGCAGGAACAAAAAAUUGUGAUA